GUAACACAGCGGCGGGCACGUGAAUAGUUGUCGAUCGUUCGCUCUCGUCCUCAUUUCAAUGGGAGUGGUGGUGGUGGUGGUGGUGGUGUGACGAUGUAUUCUCUCCUCGCAUUCAUCGCUUUCGGGAAACGGGCUGGGCAGAGGUUCUUUCUCGUACUACUUACUACGACUUUCCAGCACGAACGUUGCGGAUCAUUAAGUCUAAUUUGCCGGGCUAACCGGACCGUUGAACUAGCCGCUUUGGCUUCAAAGGCAUGCAGAUCCGGAGCGUGGAUCCGGGGAAGCAACUUAUUGUUGCUCAUGCAAGGGCCGGCCUGAGUACUUUGUGGAAAUUGAGGAAGACUUGUGGAAUACGAUGGCAGAUGGGUUUGGAAUAUAUGUAUGGGGACGAUUGUGCAGUGCUCGCUUCAAUCUAUACAAUCAUUAGUAGGAAGGAGGAACUUCAACAAUAGCGACACGAUGGUUCAUAUCGAGAAAUAUGCUGCUAUAGCAGCAGCGCUCUUCUUCAGCACCUCCUUCGCAGCCGACACAGCCCCCAAAGCAUGCCCCUGCUACACAGCAACAUCCUUCGUAACAAACAACGGCUGUCCGGCCUUCGAGCCCACGCGCCCCUGUAUCGUGCCCAUGUGCGCAAUGCUAACCACAACCACGAUCCCAGGACCCAACACACGCUGCCCCAAAACACCCGUCCUGACCUCCUUCCUGCCCUGCCAAACAGCCUGCCCAACCGGCUGCGCGACAUUCACCAGCACAGAAGCCGCCUCUUCGUCCUGCCUUCCCAGCAUUAUCACUAAAUCUAGUCCUACGGCUCCUCCGGCAACAACGCCGCCCCCUUCGCACACUAAGCCGUGCUACACGAAGACCGUCAGCGCAACGAAUAAGUGCCCUGAGGAUGAGCUGGACUGCCCGCCGCCGGAUUGCAUUUAUCUGAGCAGGACGACGGUGCCCGGGGGCCCCGUGGAAGGGUGCCCCGUUACGCCGACGGUGACGAGGAGUAGGACGUGUUUGGGGAGGUGUGAUGGGAGUUGCGGGACGCAGUGGGUUACGCAUACGGCGACUGCGUGGGCGGCGUGA